UAACCAAUAUCACCGGACAUUCUAUCAAACUAUAAACCUUGCAAUUACAUGAAUUGCUAUCUCGGAUUCUCCGAUAGGGGAGCUUAACGGUAGCACUAAUAUUAUUAACUAACGAUCGAUUUAAUGAUAGUCUUACUACACCAGCAAUUUAGCAUUAAGUUGAAACCUGUGGUUGUAAAGCCGAUUUAAAUUCGCGGAUGGUAAUCACCAGUUUUAACUUUAAAGCCGAUAAUUGAGGGCUUUAAAUUUCCACUUUAUACUUCUCAAGGGGUUGUCGCUAAAGUAAAGCAAACCGAAACCUCACUUGUAAACGGAACCUUCCCCGAAUAAGAUGAAGUCGCGGCUUUCGGUGUACUGGUUGUUUAUAAUUUUAUUAACUUUGUCACUUUCGACGAGCAAAGGGCAUGAAAUUCUUGCUAAAUUCACGCGGGAUUACUUUAGAAAUUUGUAUAUUAACCAGAUUGUUGUUUUUGGAUGCUGGGAUAAAUAUGACAGUUUAAAAUUCAGCAAAUCGAUAAUUAUGGAUCCGGAGAUAAAAUUAAUUUACGAAAGUAUUGAUGACAACAUUGACUUGGACAAAUUAUUGCAUGUAGAUUAUUGGAAGUUAGGAAUUGUUUUAGAUUUGGAUUGUCAACGCAGUAAAAUUAUUUUUGACCAGUUUACGAAACAACAUUUACGACAUAACGAGUCUUAUUUUUGGUUGAUGCCAACGACCGGUGAAAAAAUACCAGAUUACUUUUACAACCUUCCAUUAACGAUCGCUAAUGAAAUGACGCUAGCAAUGCGCAGAAAUGAUAAUUUACAUGAUGAAAAUAAUACGGAUAACAAUAAUAAAAGAAUAUACGAACUUUAUGACGUGUACAAUCCCAGUUAUCGCCAUGGUGGGAAGCUUAAUAUCACUUACAUGGGUCAUUGGAGUUUGAAUGAUCGCAAUGAAGGAGUUUUGAAAAUUAUUUUGACGCAAUACAAGUACAAAAGACGUGGAGAUCUUCAGGGACUUGUACUAAAUGCGUCAAUAGUCAUUGAUUUUCCAGCGGUACCUGAUUAUGAUACAUAUAUCCACAACCCAAUAAAUCCUCAUUUGGACACAAUGCACCGUUAUAAUUACGCUCUGACACUUCAAAUGCGCGAUUAUUACAAUUUCACAAUGAAUCUUCAGAGAGGAAAAACCUGGGGUUAUUUGGUGAACGGAUCGUUCAAUGGAAUAAUUGGAGAUAUGUUAAAAGGCUUGGUAGAUUUUGGAGCGACUCCUUUUCAGUACAAGCCCGAAAGAUUGGACGCGAUUGAAUACACCGUCCAGACAUGGGUAGCAAGACCUUGCUUUAUUUUCAGACACCCUUCGACUAACAACCUGAGCAACCCUUUUUUGAAGCCCUUUGAGAACCAAGUUUGGUAUUACAUUGCGCUUUUUGGCGCAGUUAACUGGAUCUUUUUGUACACUUCCGUGAAACUUGAGCACUGGUUGGUCAUGAAGAAGCCUCAAAUGACUCUUGAUACCUAUCCGGCUUCUGAAAUUUUGAUGAUUGUCACGUCUGCUAUGGCUCAACAAGGAUUGAGCGACGGUCCACGAUUUUACGCGGGGCGAAUCGUUUUCAUAUUUCUCUUCAUCGGGGGCUUUCUUCUUUACCAAUUUUACUCCGCAAGUGUCGUAGGGUCCUUGUUGGCCAAAAAACCGAGGUGGAUUAACACCCUUCAGGACCUUGCUGACAGUAAUUUGGAAGUCGGUAUCGAAGAUAUUGCCUAUAAUUACGACUUUUUUGCAACGACCACGGAUCCUGUAGCUCUGCAAUUGUAUCGCGAUAAAGUUGCGGUUAAUAAAAAACGAAAAAGAGAACCUUAUUAUUCAAUUGAGGAUGGUCUAAAAUUGAUGCAAAAAGGAGGGUUUGCUUUUCACGUCGAUGUUGCAACUGCAUAUAAAAUAAUAGAAGAAACAUUCAAUACCGGUGAAAUAUGUGACUUAGUUGAAAUCCAAUUAUUUCCUCCAAAGCACACGGCGACAGCAACGGCCAGAUUUUCGCCUUUCAAAAAAAUGCUUACUUAUGGAAUGAGGCAAAUAGUUGAGCACGGAAUGGCUCGCAGAUUGAGAAACGUUUGGAUGCACCGAAAACCAGAGUGUCCAGAAAGUCACAAAAGUGAUCCAGUUCCUGUAAUGAUCCCAGAAUUCAGUCCCGCGUUAUUUCUUCUGGCAUUUGGAUUCUUUGUGGCGUUUUGUUUUGUUAUAGGCGAGAAAAUAAUCAUGAGGCAUGAAAAAAUUAGAAACAUCAACGACGAUGAUAAUGAUGAUUCAAUAUCGGAUCAGAAAACAGGCUCGACAAAUUCAGCCAUUAGCGAAAAACAGGAAGAAUUAAAUUCAGAUAAAAUUGAUAUUUAUGGUGUCGUAUGCUUUUUUUUGAUCCAUAGUACAUCUUCCACACCGCCUCCAGCGGAGGCUUACAUGACCAGGUGGGACAAGCUCAAUUUGGACCUCGUUUUGGAGAACAAAAAGCUGCUCCAUCAUUACUACAAUUGUUUGAUGAACAAGGGACCUUGUCCUCCUGAUGGCCGCGAAUUGAAGCGAGCUUUGCCGGAAGCAUUGAGUACUGAGUGUGCAAAGUGUUCCAAGAGCCAAAAGGAAGGCGCGAUUAAAAUUAUCAAGUACUUGAGAGAAUACAAACCGAAAGAAUUUGGAAUACUUGCCAACAAAUAUGAUCCUGACGGAGUGUAUCGUAGAAAAUAUUUUGCAUCAAAAGAUACCAAUAAUUUGACGCGAAAUUUAGCUUACGUGCGGCACUCGCUCCUCGUAUCAUCACUAAGAGCUUUGUUUUCACUUUCGAGUAAGAUGGAUUUACGAAAAGGGAUUUUUCUUCUGCCUUUGCUCAUCCGAUUCAUUAAGGGUGAUCAAUUUUUGGAGAACUUCACCCGCGAUUACUUCGACAGCAUUCACGUUUAUCAGUUGAUUGUUUUUGGCUGCUGGAACCUUCAAGAAGCUCAUAAUUUUGCUAAAAAUGUAAUGAGACAAGAAGCUAAAGUUUCUUACAACGAAAUAAGCGACAAUAUUAAUUUGGAAAGUACAUUAAGACUUAAUGCUCAAACUCUUGGUGUAAUACUCGACCAUGAUUGUCCAGGCAGCGACUUGAUAUUAGAUCAGUUUUCCAGGCAACUGGAGUUCAAUGAAUCUUAUCGGUGGGUUCUGCUAACCGAGUCAUUAGAAUUCCCGACACCACCGCUGAAAGAUCUUCCCCUGACGGUUGCGAGCGAAAUGACCGUAGCGAUUCGACAGAACAACACUUACAAACUCUACGAUGUGUACAACCCGAGUUAUCUUCACGGAGGUGUAAUUAAUGUAACUCUCAUGGGCUACUGGACCCCUGAGCAUAAACUGGUUAAUAAUUUUAACCACCAAUUCAAGUAUCACCGCCGUCAGAAUUUUAAUUUAUUACCGCUAAACGUUUCAAUCGUCUUGGUAAAUGACCCGAAACCUGACUUGGAAACUUAUCUAACGACCCCCAUAGACACCCAUCUCGAUACUAUGAGUCGGUUUACUUAUCAAAUAGUGUUGCAAUUGAAGGAAUACUACAAUUUUUCUAUUAACAUGAAACGAGACAUAAGCUGGGGAUACAAAUUAAACGGAACCUUCGACGGAAUAAUCGGCGACAUGGAGAAAGGCAUUGUUGACAUAAGUUCGACGCCAUUUCAAAUUAAACGUGAUCGUUUGGAAGUUAUUGACUAUACUGUACACGUAAUGACUAUCAGGACAGUAUUCUUCUUUCGGCAUCCCAAGAAAAAUGACAUGCAAAAUGGAUUCUUGAAACCAUUUGACAGCAGCUUGUGGUACAUUGUCUUCGGAGUGGCUGGUGUUUAUUGGUUAAUUCUUUUCGUAACAACCAAAGCCGAAUCUCAUGUGAAGAAUAUUAAAGUUCCCGACAAUUCUUUGAUGUCAUUACCGGCAACAGAAACCAGUCUUAUAACUAUGGCUGCUUUGUUCCAGCAAGGAGCAAAUGAUAGUCCGCGUCUUAUUUCUGGACGAAUCGCUUUUUUGUCAUUAUUUGUUUGGACGCUUCUUCUCUUUCAAUUCUAUUCAGCGACGGUUGUUGGGUUCUUACUAGCGCCACCUGCGUUCUGGAUUACUACAUUGAAAAAUUUGACUGACAGUAGUUUGAGCUGCGGAAUGGAGGACAUGGAUUACUACAGAGAUUUUUAUGCGACGACGUACUUAGAAACAGCUAUUGAAAUGCACGAGAAGAAAAUAAAGCCAACCAAGAAGCUACCAAGGGGAUCCUAUUUUCCGGCUGUUGAAGGACUCCUCAAAGUUCGGGAUGAACCGUUCGCUUUUCACAUUGAAGACACUACGGCUUAUCGGAUUAUUGAAGAUUUAUUUACGGAAGAUCAAAUUUGUGAACUUCAAGAAAUCCCUAUUCGGGCACCGCGGGAAGUUUAUAUUGGAGUUCCAAGACAUUCUCCAUUUAAAGAAAUGAUCACUUAUGGGUCUAGAAAAGCAGUAGAACACGGACUAGCCAAUCGUCUAAGAAAACAUUGGCGUUACAAAAAGCCACCGUGUCCAGAAAGUCACAGUUCAAAACCAAUGCCAGUGAUGAUGAAAGAAUUUGCCCCCUCAUUGAUGUUUCUCUUGUUUGGUUUUGGCUUAUCUGUGUUUAUUUUAUUCGCAGAGUGCAUUUAUCACGCAAAAUUCAAUCGCGACUCGAACGAAUCCGACAACCAAUCAAUCACUCCGGUACAAUCGGCAGGAACGGCAGAGCAAGAUAUUGAAGAAAAGUUUGAUCAUGAUAAAACAGUAUCACAAUUUAGCGCAUAGAAAAAUACGAUGAUUCAAAUAUUGAAGUAGAUACAUAAAUAUAUUAUUCAUGGCAAUUAUUGUUCAGAAUGUUUUAGAACGUUAAAGUAGUAAUUUAUUUUAUGUUUGUUCUUCAUAAAUCAUAAUACUGAGUAAAGUUUAUUGACUGUUAAUUUAAAAUCACAGUUGAAACCGACGCUUGUUAUUAUGAAGGAAUUUCCUCCUCAUUGAUGUUCCUCUCAUUUGGCUUCGGGUUUUCUGUGUUAGUUUCGCUCGCAGAGUGCAUCUAUCACGCUAAAUUUGAUCUUGACUCGAACGAACCCGACAACCAAUCAAUCACUCGGGUACAAUCGGCAGAAACGAUAGAACAAGAAGCCGAGAACAAGUUUGGUGAUGAUGAAACAGCAACACACUCUAGCGCUUGAAUAAUAAAAUUAUGGAUGACUUGACAUCUAUCAGCUGAGCACUUUUGCGGGUGAAUGUUAUCAAAGGAACAAUUGUUGAUUUAUAUAAAUGAAAGCACGUCGAGCGAGCUCAUCUGCAGUUCAUUAAACUAGAUCUGCAUAAUCCGUUUGUAAGGCAUUCAACAACCAAUAAUUGAAAAUAGAUGCGCUGUUAAAACAAAGGAUUAUCUUUUGAAUUUCCACCCAUUCAAAGGAACAUCAACUAUACAAAUAGACAUAUAAUAAUAAUAAUUAAUAAUAUAGAUCACAUAAGAUACAUAAAUGGUGUGUUACCGAUUUACAAAGCACUUAACGUAGCAAACUUAUUAAAAGCCUAUCUAAGCGUCUAACGCCAUAUAAAAUGUAAACGGUGUUAAAAAUAAUAAAUUAGCAGUAAAGCUUA